AUGUCAUCUAAGGAGCUUUUAGGGGAUUUUGUGACAGAAGUCACUGAGUCUCAGAUUCUCGAUCUGGCAACUUCAUGUUUCCCCCCUAUCCCGGACGACGCAGAGUUGCCACCGCUGCCGAAGCCCGUCUUAAUUCCUCGUGUAGAUCCGGGGGUUCACAUACCAUUCGCACGUGCGUGGGUGCCAGAAUUGGCAAACCACGCCGUCACUCCGGAAGAUCUGGUAGCAUUCAUCGACAAUCUCAACGUGCUCAUACGACCUCACAUAGCCGGGCUCGCGGUUCUAGUCGCAGCCCUCGGCGUCGGGGUCAUUUCAUACGACGGAACUGACGGCAUCGCUGCCGCGUUGGAACUGGCAGCGAUCAUUGGAGUGACUAUAAUAAACUAUAGGCGUUGCAAGAAAUACUUCGGCAUCAUGAACGAGAAAUACUUCCAUCCUCGUAAACUGCACGCAAAGAUCGUUAACCCUAAGCGGAUAACGAAGACGUUCAAUCUCGACAAGAAAGACAUCUUGCUGGCGCCGCUUACGGAGGAAACCCUCGACUUGAGCAAUCAGGAAAGGUGCAUCAAGUAUAUGUCCCAGUGGACGUGCCAACUGUCAUUUGACGACCUGCCUCCUCCGAGCGAGCAGACGAGCAUACUGGCUAAAAUGGCGGCGUGGGAAGUCAAGCACAAGAUCGCGAAGGCCGAAAAGCAGGCCAAAAGGAGUAGGAAACGAGCUUGGAAGAGACACAUGAAGGGUAAGAAGCUCAAAGAGUGUUGGCUAGAGAGGAGCCAGGCCAAGACCCUUGAUUGGCUUCUUAUUCAAAAUUUGGACGAGUGGGAAGCUGCUCAAGCUGAAAAGAAGGCUAAAAAGGAGAAGAAACGAUACUCUAGGUAGCGUGUUGGUCGUUAAAGUCAGCUUUUUAGUUUCUGGUUUGCGAUUCCCCUAUGGAUGCCUCUCUUUCCAUUUUGCCACAGCUAGUUAGAGAGGCAUGUAACAAUUGUAAGGUAGGUAGGUAUCUAUCUUGUACCUGGAUUGCCAUGCCAUAUUGGGAAUCAUCAACUUCGCAGUCUCCCCAGAACCUUGUCUCUAGGUCAAUUCGGCAAUUGGGUACCUAUCUCUCCCAAGCUAGCUAAUAUCCUACUUCCAACGAAUUUGAUAGGAAUACUCCACUCAAUUCUCUCCUUGGACUUAAGAAAUUUAGCCUAGCAGCAAAGGCAACCUAUAAUUCUAGUUCGAUGAGGAAGUUUCUUGUUAUUUAGUUUAUCUAUGUUAGUGUACG